AUGCCGGAGGGCGCACGCAGCAAUAAGGGCUGCUGGACGUGCCGCAUCCGCCAUCGGAAAUGCGACGAGUCCGUCCCAGCCUGUAGGGAGUGCACUGAACGACGGAUCCACUGCCACGGGUACGGGCCCCAGCCAGACUGGGUUCAAGAUCCGAUCAAGCUCAAGCGAGAACUCCUGCGUAUCAAGCUCGCCGUGAAGGAGAACUUUCGGCAAACCAAGAAGAUUCAGAAUGCGCGACUCGCGAGAAGAAAGGCCAGGGAUGAUGGCCGAUCGUCUAUGCAAGCUGGACAUGAACAUGAAACGCCGGGCACAUCCCAACAACCCAAGCCGAAUAUUCACAUGAGCUUCCGCGAAGCAGAACUUCUGACUCACUACCUUGACUACAUCUUCCCCAUGCAGUAUCCGUAUUACAGAGACAACCCUUAUCUCGGGGGCAGAGGGUGGCUUUUCUGGCUUCUAACCAAGAAGGGGCCACUACGGGAGGCCGCACUGACGCUAGCAGCUUUGCAUGAACAUACGCGGUCCCAUCUCACGGCGAGACAUACAGAGCGAGAGCUCCUGAGAUAUCAUACUAACGCCAUGCGCGAACUUCGGCAAGUCUUGACUCAUCGGGGAGCCGAUGGCUUUGCGACGCAUCAUGAACAGUGGCUGGAGUUCGUAUCAUGCGGCACAGCACUAAUGAGCUUUGAAGUCUUCCAAGGUGGCACCACCAACUGGGAAACUCAUUUAAACGCUCUCACAUCCCUGGUCGGCCAAAUAGACCCCGUCGACCUCGGCAACCGACAAAACCACCCUGAUGAUGAAGGCAUCGAAACGUCAAGAGGCGUCGUUGCGGCCCGAAGGUUUCUGAUCUGUAACCUCUUGUGGUUCGACAUUCUAGCAUGCGUAGCCAGGGAAGCUCCGCCAAAGAUGGCUUAUCGAGAGUGGCUUGCGCUGGAAGGCAUGGACAUCUCCUGCGUUACAGGGUGUCAAAAUUGGGCAAUGAUAGCCAUAGGGGACAUCGCCACGCUAUCCGCGCGUGCUGAUUCCAUGGAGAGUGAACACUUCAACUCCGAGGCUAUGGAAAUAAAUCGGCAUAUUAUUGAGAACAUGGCCUCCUUGGAGACAAAUAACAGUCCAACAGGCUUUGGGUCAUCGGCGGAGUCCGUGUCCAACUCCGUAACUCGCGUCUUUGCUGCUGCUGCUCUUGUCCAGCUCUAUGCCUUAACCGCAGACUAUGCUGUAACUCGCUACAAUAUCCACUUUGCUGUCAAUGAGGCCAUCUCCGCGAUACGAAGAGUGCCCCGACAUCUCUCCCGCCGAGGCCUGGCCUGGCCGCUCUGUAUCGCCGGCUCAUUAGCAGAGCCGGACCAACAAUCCUUCUUCGAUAAAUUGAUGCGGGAGAUACUGGAAGGGCCCGAGCCUGGGUUCAGCAACUGUGGCACGGCACUGAGAAUUAUGAGGCGGUGCUGGGCUGAGCCCCAAGCUGUCCGCCGGGAUGGAUAUAGGGCCGUUUGGGGCCGCGCGAUGGAUGACUUGAAGAUCUCCGCCUUGCUAGUAUAA